GACAGAGACAGAGAGCGAGAGAGACCGUGCUCCACAAACCUCCUUCUGCCACAACUGCAGGGCCAGCCCACAGCAUGUGGGAGCUCCGGUCCAUAGCCUUCUCCAGGGCCGUGUUUGCAGAGUUCCUGGCCACGCUCCUCUUCGUCUUCUUCGGCCUCGGUUCGGCCCUCAACUGGCCACAGGCCCUGCCCUCCGUGCUGCAGAUUGCCAUGGCCUUCGGCCUGGGUAUCGGGACCCUGGUCCAAGCUUUGGGCCACAUCAGUGGGGCUCACAUCAACCCUGCCGUGACUGUGGCCUGCCUGGUGGGCUGCCACGUCUCCUUUCUCCGAGCUGCCUUCUACGUAGCUGCCCAGCUACUGGGGGCUGUGGCAGGGGCCGCUCUGCUCCAUGAGAUCACGCCACCCGACAUUCGAGGGGACCUGGCUAUUAACGCACUCAGCAACAACACAACAGCGGGCCAGGCUGUCACGGUGGAGCUCUUUCUGACCCUGCAGCUGGUGCUCUGCAUCUUCGCCUCCACAGACGAGCGGCGGGGAGACAACCUGGGCACCCCCGCCCUCUCCAUCGGUUUCUCUGUGGCCCUGGGCCACCUCCUCGGGAUCCACUACACCGGCUGCUCCAUGAACCCUGCCCGCUCCCUGGCUCCUGCUGUGGUCACCGGCAAGUUUGACGACCACUGGGUCUUCUGGAUCGGACCCCUGGUGGGCGCCGUGCUGGGCUCCCUCCUCUACAACUACGUGCUGUUCCCGCCGGCCAAGAGUCUGGCGGAGCGCCUGGCGGUGCUCAAGGGGCAGGAGCCCGACGCCGACUGGGAGGAGCGCGAAGUGCGGCGGCGGCAGUCGGUGGAGCUGCACUCGCCGCAGAGCCCGCCGCGGGGCAGCAAGGCUUGAGCGC